AUGCCCAACAACAACAACAACAACAACAACAACAACAGCAGCAACCCACUCUUCCCCAACCUUCCUCAACUGAACCUUCCAGCUGCCCGUAAACCGAGCGGAGGUGCGCAGGGCGCUAACGGCAACGCGGCGUCGCCAGCAGGCUCGGCGCCAUCACCUGCGUCAGGCAACUCGAACCUAGCCGACCUACAUGCGCAAUUGCAAGCCCGUAUGUUGCAAUCACAGCAGCAGGUCAACGCGGCGACGAGGCAACGGGCUGCGUCUGGUAACGGUCCACAGCCUGGCGGCAACGCACCUAACAAUAUGCAGCCCAAGCUCAACGGCUUACCAGACUGGGCGAACAUGGCUGCCGCCUCAAGCGCUCUCGGGGGCCUAGGGCCCGGUAUUGAUCGUGAGGCCAUCAUGAAGCAGCUACAGCUGCUUCACCAGGCGCGAGGCCCGAAGCAGCAGUCGUCAGUCGGGCCAGGGACGCCCGCCAUGGGCGGUACGGCUCCAUCUCCAGCCGCUGUUACGGCUCCAUCUCCUGCGACGGUCACUGCGCCAUCACCAGCGCCAAAUGCGGGCACUCCUGGCGCUCAGGUCCCACCAUACAUGAACGCCGCUUCCCCCGUGACCGCUCCCUCACCCGCGGCAGCGGCGCUGGCAGCUGCGAUUCGACCUCCAGGCACCCCACAGAGUGCGUCUGGCUUGUCUUUGGCAGGCGGACUGGCUGGGCAAGCAGGGACACCUGGAGGAUCAGCGCCCCCACGGCCUCCAGUACGACCCGGACAGCAGAGGCAGCACCUGAUUAACUCGAUGAUGGGCUUCUACAAGACGAUCAACCAGAUCCCACCCCCAGAAGUCUUCAACAAUGGCGAGAAGGACGGCGCAUUCAAGCUGGGAGACGGGUGGAUCGACAUCGCGGAACUGUUCUUCAUCGUCUUCCGAGCUGGUGGUAUGAUGAAGUUAGUGCAGACGCCGAGUCCCGAACAACACCUCGUCUGGCAGCAGAUCUUGAAUGCCAAGAGCAUCCCGGUGACUUUGACGAACCCGGUCCCUCUGCCGCGACCGAUGGGGAUGGAUCCGUCGCAACCGACGCAGACGACGACGAAUGCUGUCCAGUACUUGUUUGCAGCAUAUCGCGCAUGGGUCUUCGGCUUCGAACAAGCCAUGGCAAGACAAAAGCUGGUCCACAUGCAGAAGCAACAGGCGCUGGCGGCAACUGCAGGAGUGCGUCCUGCUCUUUCGGCUGCUUCCCCGAAGUCUGCAUCAUCCCCAGCUGCGCCGACAAUGGGAGCGCCAACACCAUCGGUGGCUGCGCCGUCUCCUGUUACUGUUGCAGCUCCAUCACCAGCAGUUGCAGUUGCAUCGCCCACAUUCGCUGCACCGUCUCCGGCGGUGGCCGCACACUCGCCCGCUAUGGCUGUCCCCUCCCCGGCACCCUUCGUACAGCAGCCUGUUGCUGUGGCUAGCCCCAUCGCGAGCCUGACGACCGCGACACCCGCUGUCCCGAACGCGCCUUCCCCGGCUGUGGAAUCCCCUGCGCAGCCGCAGCUUGCGCCGUCCCCGUUCCCUCCUUCUCAGCCAGCUGUCAGCACUUUGGCAGCGCAAUCUGAACCUCGUGUGCCGCCGCCCCAACCACGCAUCGAAAUACCUGUCGCACCCAGCCCGGCUCCGCCUGUGGCCAUGCCAGCUGUGGCCACCACCCCGACGCCCAGCAUGCUGGCCAGCAUGCAAACUAACAUCCACGGCGCGGCCGCCAAGGCCGAAUCGGUUUCGGCCAAGAAGCGGAAGCGUUCGGAGAAGAUGCCCGCGAAGUCGUCCACUCCUGGGAGCGCCGCUGAGUCGACGAGCAGUCCAGCCCCGAAACAACAGGCGUACGCUAAGCGCGCGCGAUACCGUGUCGAGUACAGACCUUUGCACUUUCCUCAACCCACGAUGGCUGGGUGGGACGAGAGAGUGGUUGCGGCGUCGUUCCCGAAGCACAACCUCGGCAGGCCAACACACUCUGCCGCCGAACUUGGCCAAAUCGACAUGGAGGCGAUCCUCAUGGGCUUGAGGUCGAGGUUGCCAGGAGAGCUGAGCUAUGCGCUCACUGUCUUGUCGAUGCUCUCCAUGCCUCAACAUGACGACCGCAUCCCGCAGUUGCCUAUCCAACCAAUGCUUGACGUCUAUCUUGAACUGAUCGACCUCAUUGGCGAGUCAGCUCUCGGAGAAGAGGGCGUGGACGGUUGGCUGAGUGACAAGGAAAAGACUGAGGCGGCAGAGGCUCCGUCACGACGGGCGUCGCCAGCCCGUGACGACUUGUCGUGGAUGAGCUACGUGGAUCUGGAGCGUCUCGGCCACGAUACGGAUCUGAGCGUGGACGAAGAAGACACGAGCAAGGACCGGACCGGAGGUGCGACCGACAUUGUCCUGGCAGGCCUCAACAUCAUCCGGAACUUCUCGUACAACCACGACAACGGGCCUGUAAUGGCUUGCCCACAACUGAUUAACCUCCUUGCUGCUGUCACCGACAUGACUCUGGCCAGGAUGCCGGGCACGACCAGCGACCGCCAGCCGUACUCAAUCCUGGAGCUCGCACGGGUGCGCCGCGAGGCCGUGUCGAUCAUGACCAACCUCGCCAACCAUUUCGACGUGCGCCGGACAAAGGCCUCUGCCACACUGGCUGUCUUCCGUCUUGUCACGUCCUUCCUUGUAAGCGGUUGGGAGACCCUACGAUUACGCGAGUCCGGUUACGGCCCGUCCAUCUCCAUCCGUGAGGUACCUCCCCUGGCUGUCCUGUCAAUUGACCGAGCGCUAGAAGCGUUCUCCCGCCUCGCCCUGGCCGACCACAACCGCGAGGUGCUGGCGACCCUGGUGCCGACGGACGAGCUUGUCGAGCUUUUCAGCUCACUGGUCAAGCUGCUUCCUAUCUCGACGCGUGACAAGGAGGCGAUGCUCAGCAUAGAGGAUUACCUCGGCCGCGUUGAACUCGGCGUCAUGAGCGUGUACUCGCUUGCGUUCCUCGCGCCCACCGCCGCGCGCGCCGGCAUGCGUGCCUCCCCUGGUGCGAUUGCAGUCCUCACACGCCUCGUGUGUGACCUUGCGCCCCGCGCACCGAACCUCAAGCAGUCGCCAUUCGGCUUCUUAGUUCGUCGUGUCGCCGAGACUCUCGCCGUACUCAACGGCACCAUGACGCCCAGCGGCAACGCCGAGUCGAUGAGCUUCGCGGCCGGCGGCGUUGAGGGCAAGGGAUGGCGCUUCGCCAACGAGGUCGUGCAACCCGGGUGGCUCGCUGCUGACUCGGACCGCCUCCUCGAGGCCAUGGGAUGGGGUAAGGGCGAUGGCAGGAUCUGGCAGGUUGACGCGCCGACCUUUGCAGAGCUCGACGGGCUGUUUCUGGAAUAG